AUGAAAGACAGGCUGAGGCACCUCCACGAGGAGCAGAUUGACUGUGAGGGCUUCAGCACAGUGGAGCUGGACAACCUGUCAGAGCAUGAAGCAGCAGCAGGAGCAGCAGCAGCAGCAGCAGCAGCAGAAUCACAUCCUGACCCGGACUUGGAUGGUGUCCUGCAGGAGGCCCAGCAGAUACGUCUGGAGAUCCAGCAGAUCCAAAAUGACAUCAGCGAGCUGAAGGAUGUGAACUACCAGACUUUGAACAAGACCUCACACCUCAGUGCAACAAAGCGGGACGCCAAUGCAAUCGGGGCAGAUGUUAAACGCAGAGGAGAGUCUGUGCUGCAGCGGCUGCACAAGAUGAAUGCUCUCAGUGGAGAAAUGGAGGCUCAGCGUGGCAGCAGUGACCCAACAGCACGUAUUGCUCUAACACAAUACCAAUGUCUCAGCAAUGCUCUGCGAGAGGCGAUGAUCAGCUACAAUGACACAGAGAUUAGCCACAGGGAGGAUUGUAAACGGCAGAUCCAGAGGCAGAUGGAGGUGGUGGGCCGGGAGGUCAGCGAGGAGGGGCUGAGGGAGAUGAUGGAGAGCGGGGAGUGGAAUGUGUUCAGUGACCAGCUAGAAGGCAAAACAGCCCACUCUGCGUUGUUACAGAUCGAGAGCCGUCACAAAGAGCUGCUGGAGCUGGAGAAGAGAAUCGAGGGGAUCCAGGAACUGUUUCUGGAUGUGGCUGUGCUCACAGAGGAGCAGGGAGCAACUGUCGAAAACAUCCAGAAAAAUGUCCAAAAUACUGAAGUGACCACUCAGGAAGCGUUGGUUCAGCUGGAUAAAGCCACCAAAUCUGAUAAAAACAACCCCUUCAAGCAGCUGUUUUGUAGCUGCUUUCCAUGUUAUUAUAAUUAAGUCUGAUGGGGGCCAGUGGUUUUGGAUCAGG